AUGUUUUCAAAAAUAUUUUCUAAAGCCCACUCUAGCAAUGUGGUACACUUCAACUCUCGUUAUUUCUCCGCAAUAAAGAGACAUGCACAUAUUCUAGGUUAUCCCUUCGCUGGUGGUCAAGGUAGACAAGGUCCAGAGCUUUCUCCAGGCUGGUUAUUCGAAUAGCCUUGGAUCUAACCUAGAGAUGGAUUAACAUUAGAAAUGAUUGAUGUAUCUAAUCCCAGUUCAAAUAUCACACCUGAUAAAAGCAUAGUCCAUGGGCACAGAUUCGGACAAAAAAAUUGGAAUAAUGUUCUCCAUUCAUGCCAGAAACUUGAAGAAGCAACUGAGAGUACUCUACUGAAAGAUCAUUUCCCAAUUGUUUUUGGAGGAGAUCACUCUUAAGGUAUCGGUUCAAUUAAUGGUUUGAAAAAUGUAUAUCCAGACGCCAGAGUGCUCUGGGUUGAUGCUCAUAUUGAUGCAAAUACACCACUGUCAACACCCUCUGGAAAUGUGCAUGGUUGCCCAGUAGGCUACUUAUCUGGGCUUUUCCCCUAUGUGAAGAAGCCAGUAUUAUCUCUGAAACAUCUGAUCUAUUUUGGGAUUAGAUCAUGGGAGCCGGAAGAGAAAUAACUCGUAGAUGAUAAUUAAAUCCCUUGGUUUAGAUCAGAAGACUGUUUAGUUGAGAGGAUGGAUGAGAUAAAGGCAAGCGUUGAAGCACACAUGUUCCCAGAUGGAGUGAAAGUACCCUAUUGGAUAUCAUUUGACAUUGAUGGAGUAGAUUAUCAUGAAUUUUAAUCCACAGGAACCCCAGAGUCUCUUGGUUUAACUAUCAAAUUCAUGCUUAAGUUCCUAGAAGUAUUCUUGCCAGAAUCAGUAGGCAUGGACUUCACUGAGGUCAACUUUUUAAUGUCUUAGGGUGAAUAAACUGAAAAGGACAAAGAAACAAUCAAGUUUUUAUUAGAGUACAUCAUUGACAAAAUACAUUAAUAAGAUUUCAAAUAUAAUCACUCCAAUUACCCCAAAAACUAGUGA